AUGGGCGACGCCGCCCAAAUCAUCAUCUGCAACGUCGUCAUUGACGAGCUUUUGAAUAAGAAUCUUGUUGACAAAGCGGCCCAAGUCGGGGAUUCCCCCUACGACAGCCUAUCCUCCCUCGCAGCCAAAUACCCCACCCACAUCCAGAAUCUCCGCGGCAAAGGAAAGGGCACAUACAUCAGCUUUGACACUCCCGAGCAAAUUGGUUUGAUGAUGAAGAUGCUCUCGGUGUUAAUAUCGGAAUCAGUGGUGUGCAGAGUAUCCGACUGCGCCCGACGCUGGUCUUUGAGUCGCAUAUACCGAUACUUUUGGGAGCCUUUGAAAGUGCUUUUAACCGAUUAG